GCAGUGGAUUUCCCGGGGGUUUACCAACGGACGCUGGGCAGGACCCAGUUCCUGUAUAGCUUUUUCCUUGGCUAGACACAGGGAGGCACCUCUAGCCCGUGGGUUCUGGGUCUGGCCGAGUUAGAGCGGGGCUCGGCCCGGCUGGGGCUGGGGAAACCCUCCAGGCGGGGCUCCCACCUCGGGUCCGAGGCUAGGGACUGGAGGCCUCCCCGUAAAGGAGGCAGAGGGGCAGGGGAGGACCCGGCAGGCCCAGACCCCGCAGACCGGCCGAGAAGCCGCACCCUCCUGGCCCCAGCCGCCGGCAGGGCGGAGCCACGCGGCCGAAGCCCCGGCUGAGACGCGCGGCGCGGCGCGGCGCGGGCUCGCUGCUGAGACGUAUGGGGCUACCACUGGAGCGGCUGCGCCGCCCGCCCGGGUCAGCGUGGUGCGCAUGCGCGGACCCGGCGCCAUUUUGGUGGCCGGGCGCGGAGGUGAUUCUACACUGAGGGGGAACGCGACGGCAAGGGUGGCAGUGGCAGCGUUCGUGUGCUCGGGUCUGAAUCACUGAGGGAGGAGGCGGUGGAGAAAGAGGUGGCAGCGGUGGCGGUGGUCGUAGCGGUGGCGGAGGAGGCGGGUACGAAUCAGCUGCGGGCAGAGACAUGGCCAACAUCGCGGUGCAGCGAAUCAAGCGGGAGUUCAAGGAGGUGCUGAAGAGCGAGGAGACGAGCAAAAAUCAAAUUAAAGUAGAUCUUGUAGAUGAGAAUUUUACAGAAUUAAGAGGAGAAAUAGCAGGACCUCCAGACACACCGUAUGAAGGUGGAAGAUAUCAACUAGAGAUAAAAAUACCAGAAACAUAUCCAUUUAACCCCCCUAAGGUCCGGUUUAUCACUAAAAUAUGGCACCCUAAUAUUAGUUCCGUCACAGGGGCUAUUUGUUUGGAUAUCCUGAAAGAUCAAUGGGCAGCAGCAAUGACUCUGCGCACGGUAUUAUUGUCAUUGCAAGCCCUGUUGGCGGCUGCAGAACCAGAUGACCCUCAAGAUGCAGUAGUAGCGAAUCAGUACAAACAAAAUCCUGAAAUGUUCAAGCAGACAGCUCGACUUUGGGCACACGUGUAUGCUGGAGCACCAGUUUCUAGUCCAGAAUACACCAAAAAAAUAGAAAACCUCUGUGCUAUGGGUUUUGAUAGGAAUGCAGUAAUAGUGGCCUUGUCUUCAAAAUCAUGGGAUGUAGAGACUGCAACAGAACUGCUUCUGAGUAACUGAGGCACAGGAGCUGCUGCCAGCCACGCUCACUCGCUCGCCUCUUCUUGAGGAGCAUCAACACCUGUUAUUUUUAGGAUUCUGCAUAAAUUUCUUUUAAACUGGCAUUCUUGCCUAAUGAUGUUACUAGGCACCAUUGGAGACUGCAAAAAAAAAAAAAAUCCCUGCUCUGUAAAUAAAGCUAAUUAAACGUCUGUGUAAAUUUAAAAAGGGGAAAUACUUUAAUUUUUUUCUUAAUAGUGUAAAAAUUCUUUGAGCUAAGCUAAAACCAUGGGAAAACAUGCUCCUUUAGUGUUUAGCAGUGUAACAGACUCACGAGUUUGUCUCAGGGUUCUGUUGACUAACUAGGAUAACACUAGAGUGUCGGCCCUUCACAUUGUGGUGUAGAAUCACAGCUCUCUUAAGUUUGAACACAGAUCCUCUGUGCCUGUGAAUUUCCUUGCAUGCUUGUACUUGACUUCUUAGAAUGGGUAGCUGAAAAGACCACCCUUUUAAGCAUUAGGACAUUCUUGAAUUAUGAGAUUUAUCCUAAUUUAAAGAUGGUGACCUAAUCAGAGCUCUUUGGUCCCUUUGGACUGGUAGGGACACUUUUACUUUUCCCUGUCACCAUGCAGAGCAGAUUCUCAUGGUCAGUUUCUCUUGUGUCUGGUGGGAAUGUACUGGGGAGCAGUGGCCCUUGUUCUGCUGUUAGCUCAUAGGUGUGGAAGGUUUUGUCCAAGCUCUUCACUUUGUAAGUAGUAAUGUAAAAAGGGGCUGCCGAUUUUAUUUCUCUUACAAAAGGAGUAAAUACUUGAUGUUGCAGUAUUUCUAGAUUUAAUAAAAGGACACUGCGUAGUUUUUCAGUGAAUUUGACAUUAAUUUUUAAAAUGAUAAAGUCUUUGGAAACUUGAAGGGUGCGGCCCCUGUUCCUUCGCAGUCAGCCUGACUUGGGCAUGACGGUUUGCUUUGUGAGACUCCUGAGUUACUCUUCCUGCACUCCCCAUGCUGACACAUGAAAGCUGAAGUGUGCCACUGUACAUACCAGAUGCACAAGGAACAGGGGUGUAUUCUAAAUCUAGCUUUGUUUAUGAUGUUUCUGAUAAUGUGAGAAUUGAAACUCUACCUUCUCUUGUACAUAGACUUCCUUCCUGUCCUUAGCAACUGUCGCAUCUCAUUCUAUCUUCCAAAGCUUGACAGUUCCUAGUUUUGCAAACCCAAAUACUUCAUUUAACCAUCUUCACUGAGGUUUAAGUGAACUUAUGUAGACAGUUGUUGCAAAGGAGAUGCAAUUAAACAUUUUGAGGACCAAUGCAUAAAUUACAGAAAUGUAAUGGAAUCAGACUGAAUUAAAGUAAGGCUAUAUGUAUAUUGAAAGUCAUAUUCUAAAAGGUUUGUUUUCUUGAAGUGUUGUUUCAUUUUAUAGUCAUAAAGUGUUUCAAAAGUCCUUUUUGAACCUAUUAACUCAGCAUAACUUCAUUUGACUAUUAAUAAUCUUGAUACUACAAGCAAUAAACGAACCAUUAAUAUAUUAUAACAUUAAAGAUGUGAAGGUUCUUCCAGCAACUUGUAAGGCUUUCACACUUAACCGUGACUUAGGGUCACUGUCCUGCACACUAAACUCAAGCUGCUAUGUUCUUCUCCAUGUAUGCGGAUGCACACAUUUCCUGUUGCAGCUACAUCCUUUUAUUGCUAUAGGUUAUUUUAUAAAGAUGCCAAAGGAAACACGUUUUUCUUUAUUUAUUUUAAAUAGCUAAAACUUUGUACUUUUCUUUAUAUUCUCAGAUAAGAUUGAAAUGUGUGAAAUGAUGGACAGUUUACCUCCAUUGUUCAUUAGGAUUUUUUAAUGGAGGGUGGCUUGGUAACACUAAUAUGUAGAUAUUGAAAGGUAUAAAACACCUUAGAGUUUACUCUCUGCCUGUAUUGUCAGGGUAUAUUGUCUGGUUAGAGGUAGAUGAGAGAGCUCAGAGUCAGGCAGCACCUACUUUGUCAUGGUGGCAGCAGUUUUUGUUUUUUGUCUUGCAUAUCGGCUUCAGCCUGGCUCCACUGAACACUUACUGGAGAUGUCUAUAUAAUGUGGGUUCAUAGAUUUUACACGAUUAUGUCAUCCUUUCUUGUGAUCCUAGCACUUGGGUGUCAGAACCAUGAGCUCAAGACUGUUUGGGCUUCCUAAGAAAGACUGGGGUUUUCAUGCUCACUUAAUGUGAUAAUAUCCCUCCUGGGGUGUUUUCCUCACUGGUCUUGUUUGGCCACUUUCUAUUUUUCUUUUUACUUCCCAACUCGUAGGUUUAGUCCAUCAAAAAGAAGCUCAGGCUUUUAUCCUGGUUUUACAUACAUUUAGGAAAACUACUAAAAAUUUAGAUUUAAAAAAAGUACCCUGAUGGAAAUUAUUUUUCUAAUUCUGCAUUUGAUAAUUUAUCAUCUUAACAAGUCCUAAAAAGGUUCUGUUUUGGUCUAGGUGUGGUGGUGCUUUUACUCCCAGGCUCGUGAAAGAGAAAGGCAGGCCAAUUCUGUGAGACUCCUGUGGGAGGUGUAUGUCCAGUCUUAAGCCCCUGCUCCCGUAACUUUAGUGAAAUCCCAUUUAGAACAGGAAGAUUCCUUAGUACUCGCCGAUCCUCUGAUAGGCUUUUACAUAAUCCAGCUUUUUUUCCUGAGCCUAUGCCUGACUUUUAGUAUAAAACUUAUAGAGCAUGUUGGGAACUUUGAAUUCAAAAUACAUGUAAAUGUUUGGAAUCAAUUAUUUUGCCUUUGAGAAGUGUAACUAACCUAUCAUAUGAAUUAAAACAUGUUUUUGAAAUUUUUUUAUAUUUCUGAUUGUUGGUGGCAUUUAACACUAUGCAAAAAACUUAAGUAUCUGCAGAAAGGAACUGACAGUAGAUUUUGCUCAUGCUGCUGUGUUCUACAUUACUGGCUUGGCUGUUGGGCACGUUUAGAGAUGUGGAGAAUGGAGCCUGGUUGUGAGUGUAGGCUUCAUGCAGCUUUAAAAACCGCAGGAGAGGUAGAUGGAUGUUCUUACAGUCUAGUGUCGCAGCACCAGAAAUGAAGUUUUGGUGGGGUAAGGGUUAAAAUGAAUUUGGGACUCAAACAGUGGAGUCAGGUAUAUUGUAUAAAGAUGGAAUCAGUGUUUAGGUAGGAAAAAGGAAGAUGUCUGGUCAUAGUUAACUUUAUUUCAUGGACUUUGAUAAAAUAGUUCUGUAUUAAUUACUUUUUCUAGUUUCAAGGACUUGAUGUUUCAAGUUACAGUUUCAUCUUUCAGUACCUGUUUUAGAGUGUCUCCAUCGGCCUGGUGGUGUCACUGAGAAAUAGCCUUUUCUCAAGCAUGACUUCCAGUGUUGUGACAUACUUAUACAGAGUACAAACCGACAGCACGUGAGUGGUGGUGGUGGUAUCUCCCUUACCUAUCUCCUUACUGCUUUCUUGUACUGCUAGAAACUCUGGAGCCUGCAGUCAUCACUGGAGGGUGUCAUGAUUGUGUCACCUUUGGCAUGGUUAUUCCCACCACGCUGCUAUCUGUGAUCAGGUGUGGCACAAGUCGGUUUGAUUCUGAGGCAAGUGGAUGAAGUCAUUGCACUGUGCUUUUACCACUCAUGUCUGCUUACUGUCACCUACUUUUUACAGGCAUCAUAAUAAAAGCUAGACGAUUUCUUUGGGGGAAAAGAGACUUAUUUAAUGUAAUUUAAAGACUUUUCCAAUAGAAAAUGAAAUAUUAUUGAAAAUAUCUAUUUUUCAGCUUUCAGCAUUUGAUGGUGCUUUGUUGUGGUGUCUGCUGGAAGUUACUGCCAUUAUAGGGAUUUUCAUUAACCUCACUUUGAAAGAACUUUGCUUGUUAGCUUCUUUAGAUCUCUAAACAGUUUGUUAGUGAUGGUAAAUUCUGUAGGAGGGUCUAUUCUGAGCCAUUAACUUCUUGUAAGGGGAAAAUGGGCUGGUUACCAGAAACACCAUUGAAGCAGGGUGGGCUGUGGGUGGGGGGUUGGGUGUCUGUCUUGAGAAUUAAAAACUACGAAACACUUUUGUAUACAACUGAAUUUUUAAAAAUAAACACAUUUUUAAAGAUGUUGAAUUUUCCCCAUUAUUGGGAAUUCUUAAAAAUAAAUGCAUGCACAUUUCCC